AUGGAUGUCAACCAUAUAACGAGAAUGCGAUCCUCAAUCACCAUCAUGCCUCCAUAUCAUUCGACAUUUUUGACGGAAUCGGGCCCUGAUGCUCGUUUGGUAGGUAACUUGGUACUACUUCCAUUGCACACGAGUUUCCGUGGACCUUCAUAUCCCCCACAACAAGAUUAUGACAUCAUUGAGGAAACGUUGGAUUUGUUCAGAGCCAAUUCUUUCUUCAAAAACUUUGAAAUUAAGGGUCCAGCAGACAGAUUGUUAAUCUACGGCAUCUUAUUUGUCAGCGACUGUUUGUCCAAGUUGAAUAAACUGGUCAAUUUGAGAGAAGCUACACGAAUUCUCAACAAUUUGGCUCUCGAUAACUUUGCCCUUCCGGGCGAUAUAGGGUUCCCAUUGAACUCCAUGUACCAAGCUCCAACCAACAAGAACGAUGCAGAGUUACUCCGGUCGUAUUUGCUGCAAUUUAGACAAGAGUUGGCCGAUAGAUUGUUGAAGAGAGUGUACCUGGCCAACGAUCAAGUUCCCGAUAAGUUUUGGCUAGCAUUCACGAGAAGAAGAUUUAUGAACAAAAGCUUGUAG